UCUCUGCAGCCCCUCGGCACCAUUAGGGACCAGCCACUCAGCAAAGCCUGCCAUAUAACCCACUCCGGUUCUGUUCGGUCAGGACACCCGUUCUAUGGACUGACGGCCGCCCGCUCUGCCUGCCCCUCGCUGCCAGGAUGGAGGGGGCUCUGCGGCCUUCCCUUCUUUUGCUCCUUCUGGUUUCACAGCCCGGCGGGGCCGGCAAAGCUGCAGCAGGUGCAAUGGAGCUGAGCAGGAUUGUGGGGGACUCCAUCACUUUCCCUCUGGGGAUCCCAGCACAGCAACUUAUAACUGUUUCUUGGAUAGUAAACACAACAAGGAGUAUAGUAAUUGUAAUAGCAGGAAACCCCCCCAAUGUCAUUGUGUCCGAUCCAUUCUACGAGGGACGCCUCAGAGUCCCUGCUGAGAGCAACUCACUUCAGAUCACCAGCCUGAGGAUAGAGGACACGGGCACCUACGGAGCUGAAAUCAGCACAGUUACAGGCACCAUCCACAGACCCUUCCUGCUGCGCGUGUACAAGCAAGUACCGGAGCCAACUAUCUUCUGUGGCUCAGUGACCUGUGUGAAUGAAACCUGUAACUACAACCUGCACUGCACCGUCAGGGAGGGAGGGGACAAUGUGACCUACAGCUGGACUCACACAGCAGCGGGUGCUGUUGUACCCAAUGGGUCCAUUCUGCACAUCUCUCUCAGCCCCCGUGAUGCUCACCUGGCCGUCACCUGCACAGCCCAGAACCCCGCCGGUAACAGCUCCACAACCGCCUCUGCAAAGGGCCUUUGUGCAGCUCACUCAUCGGCCCCGGUCUCCUCGCUGUCCUACUGCCACCUCAAGGGGAUCAUCCUGCUGCUGGUGCUGGGAGCCCUGAGCGCCGGGAUCAUCGCGGUGCACGUCCUCCCCGGCAGGGAGCAGAGAUGGGACUGAGAGCAGAGGAGCUGCCACUGCGACUGCCAAGCCCGCCAGCCCGAGGAUGCUCCGGGGGGCCGCUCACUCACAGUUUCCGAUGGGUGAAUGUCUCUGAGUGGGAAGAGGGGAAGUAUUGGGUCCCUCCGUGUGGCGGGAGAUGUGGUGGAGAAUCGGCCCUGUUCAGUGGGGCCCUCUGGCAGCACAACUGCUGCGCCUGCCUCAGUUUCCCCCCAUCGACCUUCUGAAAAGACCCCAGUGUCUAAUCGUACCCCUACCUGGGGCUCAUUUAUUGUCCCAGCAUGUAAACAGUCCCUAGGCGCCCAGCCCACAGCUCACACAAAUCCCCAGACCCAGAGCUCACUGCUCAGUCCCCACGGCUGCUCCAGCGCCUGGUUCUUUCCAGGCUUCUGCACUCCACAGGGUCAUGAUCUUUGUACCUCUGGGGUAACCUUACUAGUGGCAUCACACUCAGUGCGGGCUUUCCCCGGGACCCAGGCUCAGUCACCAUCUACUGCACAAUGCUCAGCAUCUCCUGCUCACACCCGAUCCGGAUUUGUGUCCCCGUCCCAGCACUGAGCUGCCAUCCAUGGGGAGGCGCCUUCAAUUCCUUUGUGCAGGCCUUUGUGUAGCAGAGAAUCUACAGAUCCUCUGCUCCCAGGGGAUUGCAGCCCUCCGGGAGGCAGGACCAGAUUCUCAUUCAUGACAAGCCUCCGAGAGACCACCUUGGGACUGUCAGCUGAUGUACCGAGACUACCUCUGAGCCCGUUUUCCCUGCCAGCCUGGAACUUCAGUACCCUGUCGUGUCGAGCCAGACACAUUAGCCUGCUGCAAACACAGACCCAGGUCUGACCCAUGCACCCAAAGCUGCAGACUUAACUGAUAGAGAGAGAUGCACAGCUGUUUGCUCCCCCAGGUAGUAAUUACUUACUCUGGGUAAAUUAAAAAAAAAAAUAAAGGAAAGCUUAAUAUAACUUUCUCAUUGAUUUGUUAAAAAGUGGGGAGGAAAAUAAAUUGCUCUCUGAUCCACUGGAUUACAAAAUAAGGGGACUAUAAACUAGCUGUUACUAAGGUUCUGUGGUUUUCACUCUCACGUGUUUUCUGCAUGCUCAUUUUCUGUUUUUUAAUUGAAACACAUGUAAAAAUGUUAAAGGGCUCUGUCUUCA